CCACAGAUUGGGAGCACGCUGUACGGCCCUUACGUAAUGCAGUUUCAAAGGUUGUGUUUAUUUAUCGGUGCUCCACGUCUGAGGAACUCCGUGUGCUAUUCAGACAUCUGACCGGUUUCAUAAGCUCAGCCUGAGAGAAGAAAGUGGAAAGGUAAGAGUCACGUCGGCUCUGCUCUCUGUAACCACAGACCGAGUCUAUGUGAGCCGACGAUCCGGAUCAACAGCUCAGACCACAGCUGGUUUCGGUAUGAAUUUGUUUUUGUGGAGGGAUUAAUAUGACCGCAGGAGAGACGAGAAAAUGAUGAGGCCUGCAUUCAACUAGUUAGUCUGUCAUCAUGAGCCCUUGACGUCGGUCUGUUCAAUCAUCGCUAUGAGUGGCACUGCGUUGGCUGUCGUGGUCGUGGUCGUUUUCCUCUUGGCCCUGUACCUCCUCCACCGCUAUGGAGAUUUGCGGAAGCAACAGCGGAUGGUCCUGUUGGGAACGCUGCUGUCCUGGUACCUCUGCUUCCUCAUCGUCUUCAUCCUGCCUCUCGAUGUCAGCACGACCAUCUACAAGCAGUGUCUUCUUGACAAUGCACACCAUCCUACUCCUGUACCUCGAGCAAGCCAUCCCAAUCAGACGGAUGACAACGUCUCUGUUUAUCCAAAUGUCAGUAAAACAAACCCUUGUGAGGAACCAUGGAGUUUUAUCCCAGAUGGCGUCCUGCCAGUGUUCUGGAGAGUUGUAUACUGGACUUCCCAGUUUCUUACUUGGCUGCUGUUGCCCUUCAUGCAGUCUUAUGCUCGGGCAGGAGCUUUCUCCAGAGUUGGAAAGAUGAAAACGGCUCUCAUUGAAAAUGCAAUCUAUUAUGGCACCUACCUCCUAAUCUUCAUCUCUCUGCUAAUAUAUGUGGCUGCUCACCCGAAGUGGAAACUCUCAUGGGGACAGCUUCAGACUAUCGGCAUCACAGCUGCUAAUACCUGGGGCCUCUUCCUUCUGGUGCUGUUGCUAGGCUAUGGCCUGGUGGAGAUCCCGCGUUCUUAUUGGCGCUCAUCUUCCCAAAGUUACCUGCUGGCCAAGACCUACUUUAAGGCAGCAAAAAUGGCUAAUGAGAAGGUAGAGGCGGAGGAAAACCUAGCAGACGUUAUGGAGGAUGUGGCGGGCAUCCAUGAAUCCGUCAGGUACAACCACAGUCUCAGGAAGUGUGUGGACACCAUUUUGACAAAGUGUCCCGCUGACUACAGAGAAGAGAUGGAGAGACGUGCAGAAAGCUCUGGUGGUGAAAAGAAUGUCCUUCCCACUAAAAGAUCCCUCAUUAAUCUUCACAAAAAAGUCAUCACUGCGGUGCAGAGACACAAUCAGACUCAGGUUCAGUGGUCUAUCUUGUUAGAUGAGGCCUUUCAUCUAGAAGAUGUCGCCAAAAGCCAGAGCAGCUCGGUCCGAUACUUCGUCCACAGCCUCCCCUCAACACACCACCAAGGCUGGAUCCAUAGGUUCCUUUACUCUCCUACUGUGGAGUGGUACUGGGAGUGUGUGUUCAGGCAGAGUUUCUACAGACUGCUGGCAGUUGUCCUCUGUCUCCUCUCGGCAGCAGUAGUCUGGUCCGAGUGCACUUUCUUCAGCACGCACCCCGUCCUUUCCCUCUUCGCCGUCUUUGUUCACCUGGCAGAAAAACAACACAACUACAUUUGUAUUGAGAUGGUGUGCUUUGUCAGUAUCCUUUUCCUGUGUGUCUGUGUCUACUCGACAGUGUUCAGGAUACGAUUUUUCAACUACUAUUACCUUGUGCCACAUCACCAGACUGAUGCUUACAGCCUUCAGUUCAGCGGCAUGUUGUUUUGUCGUUUGACCCCUCCUUUGUGUCUCAACUUUCUGGGCCUGAUUCACAUGGACUCCGCCAUCUCACACCAGGACAGAAUACAGACGUCCUACACCUCUAUCAUGGGCUCUAUGAGUGUGCUCUAUUUCAUAUCUGAUGGGUUUUACAUCUAUUAUCCCAUGCUGGUUUUGCUGCUCUGCUUUGCAACUUAUUACAGCCUGGGGUCUCGCUGUUUGAACCUCCUGGGCUUUCAUCAGUACAUCACUGACAACGACAUGACCUCUGACCUGGUGGAUGAAGGCAAGGAACUCAUCAGAAGAGAAAGAAGAAAAAGACAGAAAGCUGAGGAUGGAGAAAAUCGAAGAUCGGCCUGGAGGGAACGGUAUGGAGUCCAGGGGGCUAAUGGGAGGACCAGAGCUGGCUACACUGAGUUCAAUGAAAACCAGAGCAGUCCUGUUACAGAGAUCAAGAAAAGUGUUAAGACCAGAAGAGAUGGGGAGAUGGAGGAGCAGCAGAGAAGCUUACUCCAGGACAAUUCCAGUGAUGAAGAUUCAGCAAGCAGAAUAUCCACCGGAGGACGUUACCUGUCUCUGUCACCUUCUCGGUCAGGCAUAUUUGAUGAUGUUUGAAAGACAGAAGACAUGGAAGGAAAGCAAAAAUCUUCUUGAUGGAAGUAUAAAUACAAAGGAUUUUACACCAUCUCAGGAAAUAAAGAAGAACACUAUAUGGACAUACAAUCAGAAAAUGGAUAAAAAUGAAAUAAAAACUCUCAGUGGAGGGUUUUAUGCGUCUUAUUUCUGUGACUGGAUAAAUGACAGAGAGAUCACUUCAUAUAAAGGGAUGUUUCUCAUCUAAAGCCUUAACCUGCUCAUGCGAAAUCAUUUUUUUUGGAAUGUAUUUUUGAUACUGUGGUGUUUUACAAGCUUCGAUUGAUUGAUGAAAUGAAAUGAUGCACCUGCAGCAGUUGAGAGUAAUCGCACACGAUACAUGUGGAAAUUUAUUGUUGUCAGAAUAUUUCACCAUUACAGUCGAUACGUUUCAUUCUAAUAGCACACUGUGUCUGAAACCGAAACAAAGAAAACUGAUACAUGUACUCAAAGGGGAGAUAUCAAGAACCUAACUUAUUUCUUGUUGGAUAUUUUGUGUAAGGGUAUGUGUGUUUUUUGUUUGUUUUUUAAUUGUGUGUUUACCAUGAUAAUGCAUUAAAAUGAAUGCAAAAUCA